AUGACUUCGGUGUGGAAAAGGCUGCAGCGGGUCGGAAAAAAGGCCGCAAAGUUCCAGUUUGUUGCCUCGCCUCAGGAGCUGGUCAUAGAGUGCACGGAGAAAUGGCGGGCUUUCCUCUGCGGUGAGAAGCUAAGACGCGUUUCUAUUGGUCCGCUGGGCGUAAGGAACACUUUUAUUGGUCAGGAGCGAGAGUUUGCGCUGGAACUCCACAGCUGGCAGCCCGGCAUCAGGAACCCCUACAGAGGCGUGGUGGUUUGGCAGGUCCCAGAGAGUCUGAACAUCACCGUCACUCUCUUCAAGGAACCCACUGCUGAAGAUUACGAAGACAAAGAUUGGACGUUUGUUAUUGAGAAUGAGACAAAAGGCCGCAGAAAGGUUUUAGCAUCAGCUGAUGUUAACAUGAAGAAGUACGCCAGCAGCACGCCGGCUCAGUACGACAUCACGCUGAAGCUCAAACCGCUCUCUGUGAAAGUGGUGGAAGCCACGCUGGUGCUCAACAUGUCCUGCAUUUUUCUCAAGGAGGGCAAAGCUACGGACGAGGACAUGCAGAGCUUGGCCAGCUUAAUGAGCAUGAAGCAGAGUGACAUCGGCAACCUGGACGACUUCAACGACAGCGACGAGGAGGUCGGCGAGGAGAGGAGAGCCAGCUUUGGGACGGGACAGAGCAUUCACGUUGCUGCCCUGCGUAGGCCCCAUAGCUUCCACAGCGAUGGCCGCUCCUCGGAUGGUUUCCUGGCCCGCUCUUUCUCUGCACUGGUCCCUUCCAAAGCCCGGUCCACCUCCUCUCUGUCUUCACCGCCGCCUGAAACGGCCCCCCACCUCCCUCCUUUCCCUGACAGCCCGCAGACAGCUUCAUCCUCUCCCACAGCUCAGUCUGUGCAUCAGAAACAACAGAGAGAGACAGGAUUGGUUCCCCCUGGGAGCCUGGCUGCAGAAAACCCCUCACCUGGUGGUCAUAGACCUUCACCCCCCCCUCCCCUAUCUGUGGCUCCUCCCCAGCUUCAUAUAUCUGAAACAGUCAUACUCUCCCCAAGUAGGCAGGAAGCAGGUAAAAACCACGACGUUCUUCGGUUGUUGGUUACCAAAGCAGGAUAG